GGGAGCGGCGGAGCCGGGCGGAGUGGUGCGGCCUCCGCUCCGCGUUCCGCCGCCGGCUCCCGUCACCCGGGGCAACGGCAGCUCCUCGGUGCGGCCGAGCUGCGGGAGCAGUUAACGGUGGGACUGAGCCGCUUCAUCGUCUCCGCAGUGACAAGACAACACCUGCACCUCUGCAGCCUCUCCUGGGGUAUUCUGCCCUGUCCACAUUGUUUCUGUAGCUUUCAUGUCUAUUGAUGGCUAAUGAAGAGGGAUGUUCAGUCUAAUGGCCAAUUGCUGCAGCUGGUUAAAACGGUGGCAGGAGCCUGUCAGGUGACACUAAUAAUGGUGGGUCUUGAUAAUGCUGGUAAAACUGCUACAGUCCGAGGAAUUCAAGGAGAGUCUCCUGAAGAUGUGGCUCCAACAGUUGGGUUCUCCAAGAUUGACCUUAAACAAGGACGCUUUGAAGUCACCAUCUUUGAUUUAGGAGGUGGAAAACGAAUUCGGAAUAUCUGGAGAAAUUACUAUGCUGAGUCCUACGGUGUAAUAUUUGUUGUGGAUUCCAGUGACGUUGCAAGAAUGGAAGAAACGAAGCAAGCCAUGAUAGAAGUUUUAAACAGCCCUAAGAUAUCAGGAAAACCCGUGUUAGUGUUGGCAAAUAAGCAGGAUAGAGAAGGAGCUCUGUCAGAAGCAGAUGUAAUCGAGUCCUUAUCUCUGGAAAAGCUUGUCAAUGAACACAAGUGUCUAUGUCAAAUUGAACCUUGCUCAGCCAUCAUGGGAUGUGGGAAAAAAAUUGAUAAAUCGAUCAAAAAGGGUCUAUAUUGGCUUCUACAUAUCAUAGCAAAAGAUUUUGAUGCCUUAAAUGAGCGCAUCCAAAGAGACACUACAGAACAAAAAGCAUAUGAAGAACAAAAGAAACUAGAAAGAGCUGAGCGAGUGAGAAGGAUACGAGAAGAAAGAGAAAGAGAAGAAGGAAGAAGCGUACCUGAUGAUGAAGACCCCGAGCCUGGGAACUCUGCAAACCCCUUCCAGCCUAUAUCUGCUGUAAUCUCUGAGAAUGAAAAGCAAAUUGAAAAGGAAAAGAAGAGGCAAAGGUUGGAGACUGAAAAGGCUACAACUGUCCUGAAAUCUCAAACAGAACAGGAACAAAUGGAUGGCCAUCACUUAUCAAGCAGCAGUAGCCAAAACACAAAUGACAGUAGAUUAGAAGCAUGCAAUUCUACAACUGCACAGCUUUUGCAGCAUGAAGAAGAGAACGAGCAGCAAGCCUCAGAAUGCCUUGAUUCAGAUAACAGCAAGAAAAAAAGUAAAAAACCAAAGUUAAAAAGGGGCCACAGAGUAGAACCUGUUAAUACAGAGGACGCUGUUCCCAAAAAUCCUACACCACCACCAGCUCUUCCACCAGUUGGCUGGGGAACUCCCAAACUUAAUAGACUUCGAAAACUUGAGCCUCUUGGUGAAACACAUCAUGCUGGCACAUAGAGGGAAGGCGGCAAGGAAGAAAAGCCAGCUGAAGAGAUUUCUAUGGAAAGCCUCUGCCCCCACUGACUCUACGCCAAAGACCCAACAGUGACACCCACGAUGUCAUUGCUUAACUGGAUCAUAAAUAGCAUUUUAUCAAACAUCAUCAAAAUAUUAUUCCAGAAGUAUUUGAUUUUUGCUCAUACACUUAUCAGCUUCUUACAGAAUAACUUGGGACAAUUAAACAUGGAGUUCCUUCUGUCGUACUUGGUACAUCGGACUGUCAUUUACUUUUCUCAUCACCAGCUCUUCUUCAGAAUUCAGCAGGAAAUCAAGAAAGGUCUAGGUUUCCAUGGAUGCUCAUAUGGACAUGGUAUUGAAUAUUUGUUGGGUUUACUUGUGAAAAUACAGAGCUGUAAACCUGAAGAAAAACAUCUUCAAGAUCACGUAAUCCUGGACUGUACAUUCUAACCAAGACCUGUCUCGAGGUGCUGCACAGUUGUUGGUAUUUUUACAGCUCAUAAGUUAUUCUAAGCCAUUUUGUAAGAUUCAUGUAUGUUAGGAUGAAUAUAGGAAAGUUAUGCAAAAAAUAUUGAGUAUAUUUUUCUAACUUUUUAUAAAAUUAUUUGGAAGGUUGAGAGGACACAUAUACCUGCUACCAAUAAUACUGUAACUAGAAAGCAUUAGAAAGCUGAUAGUCAAAUGCAUACAAAUAGAGUAUGCUUGACUCUUACAUUUCUUUUAAGUAGCAAUACUUUUUAUUAAGCGUUACACUACCAGAUGCAUAUUUCAUAUUUCUGGCAAUCUGAGGGAGGGGAUGGAAAGGUAGAAAGUUUAAGAUAAAUACUUUUUAUACAAACUUAAUGCUAUUUGGAUUGUCUGAAAGUUUUCUUAUGUGUUGUUUUCUCUGUUUUGUUAACCAAGUUUGCCAUAGGUAGUAAACUCACUUGAAAAAGUGGAGCUGAAUAUUGUAUUGUCAACUAAACCACAUGAAAAUUGCACAUAGUGAAAGUUUUGCACUAAUUCAGUCACCAGUUUUGAUGGAAAACUGAAUUGACCACUAUGCAGAUAAGCACCAUUUGUUUUUAAUCUUACUAAUACUAAAAUACCAUCUUGAAAACUAGAGAAACCCCAGAUUUUUAAGGGCUUCUGUAAUAUUUCCAUGCAAUAUGUCAACAUUCCAUUAAACAAAUCACAAGUAAUGCAUAUGCAACAAGGGUUACAGUUGGAUAUAUUCCUGUUUAAGUGUUUUUCCUCUUACAUUGGAGACAACCAUUGGUAUAUUGUGUAAGGGUGUAUUGUUAUGCCACUUAUUUUUUUCUCACAGCAAGGAUAAAACCCCCAUUCAAGGGGUUUUUGAAGAAGCAGCACUUGAUUUUCUGUUAUGCUCUUAGUCUUUCAUAACAUGGUAUUACCAAAUGAUUUCUGUAGACGUCAAAACAACACUAUGUAUAUAUUCAGCACUUAAAUGUUAGCAAUCUUUGCCAUGCACCCCUUACAGCAGUGAGUUGCACAGAUAAACAUCUACCUGGAGUGGGGGGAAAGAAAAUCAGUCUUGAGAAUAUGAGUUUGGAAUAGGUGGAGAGGAAUAUUCCAAGUUUGCCAAUUUAGUGUAAAUUUGAAACAAUUUGUAUGUGACUGUCAGCAUGGAAAUGCUUCUGUUGUGUUCUAAUAGUGUCACAUGGUUCAAUUGGUUUAUUCUCAGGAUUUAGCUAUUUUCACUUCAGACAAACACAGUAUUAAGUGGAAGGGGGGACACCAUAGAAGUUUAUGUGUGCAAUCUCAAUCUUACUCUUUAGCUAUGUUUCCACUUCACCUUUUUGGCAUAACAGCUUUAUUUUGUCAGGCUUGUAUAUAUGUAUUUAACAGCUUUGAUUUGUAGAAAGGUAUUACCCUUUUCUUUUAACACUUACCAAACAAUAAAUGAAUGGAAGUCUUUAUUAAAAACCUAAAGCUAAAUACUGCUGUGGCAACAAAAUUUGAGGAACUGCAAUGUAAGAUGUUGAUACUUACAUGUGAAACGUGUUAUGUGCGGUGCGUGUGUGGACACAUGUAUCGGGUUUGUUUCUGCUUUUAAAAUAAAUGGUACCAAUAUGUGACCAAAGCAC